CCACAAUUCCGUGUAACAGUAUCCGUAUUUGAAUGGCGGCAGCACGCUGAGGCAGUAACGGUAACCUUUACUACUUUAGACGAGUUUUGUACCAAUGCCUCCAUUGCUGUGGUAUAUUCACCUGACUUGAUUAAACAGAAAUGUCGGCUAUUCAGCGAAGGAAAAGACGGCCAAAUGGAGGCCAUAGGAAAGAUACGCCAGAUGUAAAAAUCAUGAAAUCCAUGGACUCGUUUGCUCGAUCGAUCUCGUCUAUAGAUUACCAGUUGACUCAAAAAUGCAGUAUAUGUGCUCGUCCAAACUCCCAGCUGGGUAGUUUAAGACCAGUGAUGAAAGUAUUAGAGAUCUCUUGCCAUGGAAUCCCUUGGAUAUUAGGAACUAUCGGAUUACUUUUAUCUGUUCAUAAACCAGAACAUUUAGUAGUCCUGAUGAACUUAUUGAUAGGCCUGAUUGGAGAUCUCAUCAUCAUUGCUGUUCUCAAGAUGCUAGUUCAGCGCGAAAGACCACCGCUCAACAAAUCAGACAUGUUUGCCACAGUGUCUGUCGACAACUACUCUUUCCCCUCAGGCCACUGUUCCAGGGCCAUUAUGCUUGCUUACUUCUUUUCAGAAAGGGUGAAUUUUGAGGCACCAAUACUUGGGCUUAUUGUUUUGUGGGCACUUUUGGUUUCAUUAUCUAGACUUCUUCUCGGAAGACAUUAUUUAAGUGAUGUUUUGUUUGGAAUGAUUCUUGGAGCUUUAGAGUUCAAGCUUUUGUCAUAUUAUUGGCUAUCGAAAGAGAACUGUAUGUUUGUUUUAGAACCAUUUUUUGCACAUUUUCACUUGUAGAUAGUAAAAGACUAACACUUAAUGUGAGCUGUGAUUUACAUAUGCAUAGGCAUCAAUGCACGCAUUAUAAUUUUUUCAGACAAAACUGUGAUUUUUUUUUGGUUGAAAAACUUACUUGUAUUUAUACAUUUGUGAUUUUUGACAGUGUUAAAAAAAAGCCCCACACCAUUCAUAUGCAUAAUCAACCAGUGUUUGUGGUAUUUACAAUACUAAAUGUUUGUAAGUGUGUGUACAAUAGUGUACAAUGUACAAGGUAGAACUUUCACAUUUUAAUGGCAUUGAGUGGACAUUCUGUUAUCUGCAUUUUUUUUAUUUCUAAUAAAAUGUACAUUGACAGCUGUUGCAUGUGAUGAGUCAAAACUGCAUGUAAUGCAGUAUGUUUUAACCUGUAGAAUCGGAGUGAAAAAGGUUUAUAAUGUUACGCCUAUCAUUUGUCUGUUCAAAAUGUUCUUAACAAAACUCAACAGCAUAUGUAUCAACCCUGUGCAGAGCAAACAGCUUUUAAAGCUUAGAUUAUUUAUAAAUGAAGGAAAAAUGAGUUUUCAGAAUACAUGAUGAUGAAUUACUGGGGAAUCUUUCAAAUUUAUGGCGACACAUCAUUAAAACGAGAGCAUCGAGGAUCUGAUUUUAAUCAGAUUGCUGAAACUGAAUUUUUUUGUGAAUCUCUAAUCCACAGAUUGAUUUUCUUAUUAAGUCUGCAACAAUCUUUAUUAUCUUACAUAACUUAUUAAGUUCAAAAUUGUACAUCUCCUAAACCUGUUAAAAAUUGGCAAUCAAAAUAAGAAAAAAAAUGACCCUCCUUCUGGAUGAAAUAAUUUCACAGUGUGCAAUCAAUUUAUUGCAUAGAUUUUUGAAUUCAUUUUGUUCAUGGUUUCAUCUUGUGUGUAUUAGACUUAAGACGUGGCUAAGUGUAUCACAGAGUGCUAUGUUCCUCAUUUAUAUUAAUUAUGAUUGGCUACUUAACAGCGUACAUGAUGUUGGAAAUAACUUAACAGCAGUUGAUGCUAUAUCAAGUUUUGAUAUUAAUGAAUGAUGUUGUUAUUUUUUCCAUGUUGUUUUUUAAACCUCUGUACUGUAUUUGUGUCUAGUCACCGAGCCAGCAAUACAUGUAUGUACAAGCACACCCACCUUUUGUUUUCACCAAUAGAUAAUGUUAUGCAUACAUUUAUGUACUUCAAUCAGUUGGCCACCCACCUUACACAGACUUGAUUUAUGCUCUGUGAUGAAACCCACUGAAGUAUUUAUAUAUGUACAAUGUAACCCCUGUAUCGGAAAAAUUAAUUGUUAUAUAAACAAAAGCUUUGAAUACUUUUGUUAUUUUUUCAGCAUAUUCUGUAGAUUUUGCAUUGAAGAGCACUGUUGGUCUGUGUUCUUUUUCAAAUUGAUGUACAAGCAUAUGUUGAAGCUCCAGAACAAAAGUGCACAUGUAUUUCUAGAAUACAUUUCUAGAUCAGGCAAAGAUGUUUGCCUGAUAAAGCGGCAUUUGGACACUGUCAUUCUCAUCAAUAAGCAUUUACUCUAGUUGGUCACAAUUUGUUAAAUACCGGUACCUUUAACAACUAACUUGAGAAUUUAAUGGUUUUCAUUUGAGAUUAUUAAAGCAGAUUCAAGAUACCAUAACCUCACUUGAUCAGAGAAAUGUUUGUUUUUAGCUCACCUGAACCGAAGGUUCAAGUGAACUUUUCUGAUCACCCGUUGUCCGUCGUCCGUCCGUCCGUCCGUCUGUCCGUCCGUCUGUAAACUUUUCACAUUUUCAACUUCUUCUCAAAAACCACUGGGCCAAAUUUAACCAAAUUUGGUACAAAGCAUCCUUAUGGAAAGGGGGUUAUAAAUUCUUAAAAUAAAGGGCACAGCCCUUUUCAAAAGGGAGAUAAUUGGGAAACAGUAAGUAUAGGGUGCAUGUUUUUAAAAAUCUUCUUCUCAAGAACCACUGCACCAGAAAUGCUAAUAUUUACACAAAAUACUUGUAUAUAUAGUGAAGAUUCUAAAUUGUAAAAAUCGUGACCCUCGGACCAAAACUGGGGCCCCAGGCGGGGUUCAAAGUUUAACAUAGAAAUACAUAGGAAAAUGUUUAAAAAAUCUUCUUCUCAAGAACCACUGCACCAGAAAUGCCAAUAUUUACACAAAAGCUUUUAUAUAUAGUGAAGAUUCUAAAUUGUAAAAAUCGUCACCCUCGGACCAAAACUGGGGCCCCAUGCGGGGUUCAAAGUUUAACAUAGAACUACAUAUGGAAAUUUUUUAAAAAAUCUUCUUCUCAAGAACCACUGCACCAGAAAUGCCAAUAUUUACAAAAAAACUUGUAUAUAUAGUGAAGAUUCUAAAUUGUAGAAAUCGUGACCCUCGGACCAAAACUGGGGCCCCAGGAGGGGUUCAAAUUUUACCAUAGAAAUACAUAGGAAAAUGUUUAAAAAAUCUUCUUCUCAAGAACCACUGCACCAGAAAUGCCAAUAUUUACACAAAAUACUUGUAUAUAUAGUGAAGAUUCUAAAUUGUAAAAAUCGUGACCCUCGGACCAAAACUGGGGCCCCAGGCGGGGUUCAAAGUUUAACAUAGAAAUACAUAGGAAAAUGUUUUAAAAAUCUUCUUCUCAAGAACCACUGCACCAGAAAUGCCAAUAUUUACACAAAAGCUUUUAUAUAUAGUGAAGAUUCUAAAUUGUAAAAAUCGUCACCCUCGGACCAAAACUGGGGCCCCAUGCGGGGUUCAAAGUUUAACAUAAAACUACAUAUGGAAAAUUUUUAAAAAAUCUUCUUCUCAAGAACCACUGCACCAGAAAUGCCAAUAUUUACAAAAAAUACUUGUAUAUAUAGUGAAGAUUCUAAAUUGUAGAAAUCGUGACCCUCGGACCAAAACUGGGGCCCCAGGCGGGGUUCAAAUUUUACCAUAGAAAUACAUAGGAAAAUGUUUAAAAAAUCUUCUUCUCAAGAACCACUGCACCAGAAAUGCCAAUAUUUACACAAAAUACUUGUAUAUAUAGUGAAGAUUCUAAAUUGUAGAAAUUGUGACCCUCGGACCAAAACUGGGGCCCCAGGCGGGGUUCAAAGUUUAACAUAGAAAUACAUAGGAAAAUGUUUUAAAAAUCUUCUUCUCAAGAACCACUGCACCAGAAAUGCAAAUAUUUACACAAAAGCUUGUAUAUAUAUAGUGAAGAUUCUAAAUUGUAGAAAUCGUGACCCUCGGACCAAAACUGGGGCCCCAUGCGGGGUUCAAAGUUUUACAUAGAAAUACCUUAGGAAAAUGUUUUAAAAAUCUUCUUCUCAAGAACCACUGCACCAGAAAUGCCAAUAUUUACACAAAAGCUUGUAUGUAUAAUGAAGAUUCUAAAUUGUAGAAAUCGUGACCCUCGGCCCAAAACUGGGGCCCCAGGCGGGGUUCAAAGUUUAACAUAGAAAUACAUAGGAAAAUGUUUAAAAAAUCUUCUUCUCAAGAACCACUGCACCAAAAAUGCCAAUAUUUACACAAAAGCUUUUAUAUAAAGUGAAGAUUAUAAAUUGUAAAAAUCGUGACCCUCGGACCAAAACUGGGGCCCCAGGCGGGGUUUAAAGUUUAACAGAGAACUACAUGUGAAAAAUGUUUUAAAAUUUUCUUCUCAAGAAAUGUAAUGUUACAAGGAACUGCUGUUCAGGUGAGCGAUGUGGCCCAUGGGCCUCUUGUUUCUUUAAAGAUUGUGUAUAGGAUUUAUUAUGAAAAAAACAUAUAUUGUCAUCAAGGUAUCAUAACUAUUCAGAUGCUUGUGCCUAUAUAAUCAAGAUGAGUUUAUUACUGUUAAAUUGUGUGAACUGAAACUGCAUAUAAAGUUGCAUUAGUACCUUUCUAAUGUUGUUACUUAAUCUUUAAAGUUUCAUAUUUUUUAUGUACUAAACUCAGGAAACUAUCCUUAUUACAUGGCUAAUGUGCAUGUCAUUACAUCUUUUUAUGUAUAUUCAUAGUCCAAAAGCAAAUAUGAUCAUCUAAUUUGUGAUAUAUGUAACCAAACUGUUUGAAUUGUAGAUGACAAUUGACAAUGAAGUGUUCUAAAAACAAA